GGGUGGUUUUUGAUUGGCCGCUAGGCUGAUUUGUCACCCAGACCUGGCAACCCUACCAGCAGGUUCAAUCAAGGCUUGGCUUGUCAAGUAGGCUGUACUCUGCAGUUACAAGGGGUGAAGUAGGCUCCAGCCGUGUCCCGUUAGAGCAGACUGCCGGAGCACCUCGCUGCUGCAGAUUAGCAUCACCUGACUUUACAUAACACUGUUGCUCUGAUGGUGGCCAGGAGGAGUCAACUAGAACACUCCUAGACGGGAGUCCAGUAUCUUUUCUUUUCACUUGAGACAAAUGGUUUUCUUGCCAUGGAUCAAAGUGUUGUGGACAGUCUUGUUACCCUUGUUAUCAGGGCACCCAACCAGAAGUACACUGACCAGACCAUCAACUGCUGCCAGAACUGGACUGUGGAGAAGCUGAAAGCUCACUUGUCUGAUGUGUACCCGAGCAAACCAAGCUCCAAAGACCAGAGGCUGGUGUAUUCUGGGAAGCUGCUAUUGGAUCAUUUCACAUUAAAGGAUGUGCUCAGAAAGCAGGAUGAGUACCAUAUGCUCCAUCUGGUGUGCGCCUCAAGAACCCCUCCCAGCUCACCAAAGCCCCCCCGCAGCCACAGUAACAAGCCCCAGGAGAGCCCGUCCAGUCCCACGCCCCUGCAGAGCUCCACUAGCUCUUUCACUGCUCAGCAAAGCCAGACAUCCUCAGCAGAGAGUGGUGACGGACUCAGACAGAGAACUGGACACUUUCCAGAUCCCCAUAUGUAUUCACAAUUUAUGCACAGGUGGAAUCAGUACCCCCCACAGACAGCUCCUCCCACAAACAUGCCCCCUUACUACAACCCCAUGACACUAAUAUGGUGGCAGCAGCUGUACGCCCAGCAGUACUACAUGCACUAUCACUUACUGGCUGCUUCCUCUCAGCACCUGUCGCAAGACCCGGCGUCCCCUCAGUCGAACCGGCUAACCGAUCAGCCGGAGCAGCAGCCUCCAGGAAACCGUCGCGGCAACCCGGAAGUCCAGAUGAAUGCCCAGGGAGGGGAGAUCCUGAACGAGGAGGAGCUGAACCGGGAUUGGCUGGACUGGGUCUACACGUUUUCACGCGCUGCCAUCUUACUCAGCGUGGUUUACUUCUACUCGUCGUUCAGCCGCUUCAUCACGGUGAUGAUGGCCAUGUUGGUGCUCUACCUGCAUCAGGCCGGCUGGUUUCCCUUUAACCUGGAGAAUGAACUCUUUCCUGACAGAGCCAAUCAGGAUGUGAUGGAGGCGGAGCUGCAUGACCUCAACUUGCAAGAAAUGGAAGGACUGAUGGAUGACGGCUCAGAUGACGACGGGGAAAGCGGGGAAGAAGGAGCGGAAGAUCCAAACAGCGGCCCCCAAGCGGGCUUUUUCUCCUCCACGUGGUCCUUCAUCAUCACCUUCUUCAUGUCGCUGAUCCCAGAGGGGCCACCAAACGCUGCUAACUGAACCACGAGUCACCACAGACUUCCACAGAGGCACAUGUUUGGAGAUGAAGAGGAAUAUCCUACCUGCUUGGGGAAACUUCUUGUGUUUCAGUGCAGUGUUCUGGUUUCCUUUUAGUCCACUUUGUUACAUAUCAGAGACUUUGAGCCAAAACAGUAAAGACUGAUUUAACCUGAGAAAAGGACGUAGUCUUUCAUAGAAUUCAUUUGUUUGUCAGAAGAAAGGCAUAAACAGUAGUAGCAGUGUAGUGACAGAGUUCUUGGUUCAGUUUAAAAAAUGUCACUCAAAUAGUUUGAGCUGAUCUGUUGUUCCGACGCGUGUCCACCGUCAUCCAUAAAAAAUAAUCCUUCUACUCAAA